GCCGGUGGCGCGUGCCCGCCUCCAGCCCGGAGUCCUCGCGCCCUCGCGCCCUCGCGCUGGGGGCGGGCUCGCUGCGCGUGCCGGGCGGGGAAGCGGCGCGAGCCGGGCGCUGAGAACGUUCGCUGCGGGGGCGGCUCCAGGGCCUGAGAGAGCGCAGCUGCUGUCUUUGCAGCGAGCGCCGGGCCGGAGGCGGCGGAGGAGGCUGCGGCCGCGGGAGACCGUCUCGACGCCCCCUGCUCCGGCCGGGAAGUGAGUAAGAGAGAGAGAGAGAGGAAAGAGAAAAAGCCAUCGAUGUGAGAGCGAAACAUCGAUGUGAGAGAGAAACAUUGAUCUGUUGCCUCCUGCAUGCUCCCCGACCGGGGAUUGAACCGGCAACCCAGGAUGAUUGAGGAAAGUGGGAAUAAGCGGAAGACCAUGGCAGAGAAGAGGCAGCUGUUCAUAGAAAUGCGUGCUCAGAAUUUUGAUGUCAUACGACUAUCAACUUACAGAACAGCAUGCAAAUUACGAUUUGUACAAAAACGAUGCAACCUCCAUCUCGUUGAUAUCUGGAACAUGAUUGAAGCCUUCCGAGACAAUGGCCUUAAUACACUGGACCACAGCACUGAGAUCAGUGUGUCCCGCCUCGAAACUGUCAUCUCGUCCAUUUACUACCAGCUGAACAAGCGCCUUCCUUCCACUCACCAGAUCAGCGUGGACCAGUCCAUCAGCCUCCUCCUCAACUUUAUGAUUGCUGCAUACGACAGCGAGGGCCGAGGCAAGAUGACGGUAUUUUCAGUUAAAGCUAUGUUAGCGACCAUGUGUGGUGGAAAAAUGCUGGACAAAUUGAGAUAUGUUUUCUCCCAGAUGUCAGAUUCCAAUGGCUUACUCAUAUUUAGCAAGUUUGACCAGUUUCUGAAGGAAGUUCUGAAGCUCCCCACAGCCGUCUUUGAAGGGCCGUCUUUUGGUUACACAGAGCACUCCGUCCGCACCUGUUUUCCACAGCAGAAAAAGAUAAUGCUAAAUACGUUCUUAGACACCAUGAUGGCCGAUCCUCCUCCGCAGUGCCUUGUCUGGCUGCCUCUCCUGCACAGGCUUGCUCAUGUUGAGAAUGUCUUCCACCCGGUGGAGUGCUCCUACUGCCGCUGCGAGAGCAUGAUGGGCUUCCGGUACCGGUGCCAGCAGUGCCACAACUACCAGCUCUGCCAAAAUUGCUUUUGGCGUGGCCAUGCCAGUGGUUCGCACAGCAACCAACACCAGAUGAAGGAGCAUUCCUCCUGGAAAUCCCCUGCAAAGAAGCUGAGCCAUGCAAUUAGUAAAUCUUUGGGGUGCGUACCCACCAGAGAACCCCCGCAUCCUGUUUUUCCUGAGCAACCAGAGAAACCACUUGACCUUGCAAAUAUAGUUCCGCCUCGCCCUCUGGCUAACAUGAAUGACACCGUGGUGAGCCACAUGUCCUCUGGAGUACCCACUCCCACCAAGAGGUUACAGUGUAGCCAGGAUAUACCCAGUCACUUGGCCGAUGAGCAUGCGCUGAUCGCCUCCUAUGUGGCCCGUCUGCAGCACUGUGCACGUGUCCUGGAAAGCCCUAGCCGACUGGAUGAGGAACACCGGCUUAUAGCCCGCUAUGCCGCCCGGCUGGCCGCAGAGGCAGGAAACAUGACCCGUCCCCCCGCUGACCUGAGCUUUAACUUUGAUGCCAACAAACAACAAAGACAGCUUAUUGCAGAACUGGAAAACAAAAACAGGGAGAUCCUGCAGGAGAUCCAGCGCCUGCGCCUGGAGCACGAGCAGGCUUCCCAGCCCACCCCUGAGAAGGCCCAGCAGAACCCCACGCUGCUGGCCGAGCUGCGGCUGCUGAGGCAACGGAAGGACGAACUGGAGCAGAGGAUGUCGGCCCUUCAGGAGAGCAGGCGGGAGCUGAUGGUCCAGCUGGAAGGGCUCAUGAAGCUGCUGAAGGAGGAAGAGCAAAAGCAGGCAGCCCAGGCCACAGGCUCGCCGCACACGUCGCCCACGCACGGAGGCGGCCGCCCGCUGCCCAUGCCGGUCCGCUCGGCGUCGGCGGGCUCCACGCCCACGCACUGCCCGCAGGAGCCGCUGGGCGGAGUCGGCGGGGACCUGCAGGAGGCCUUCGCGCAAGGUACGAGGAGAAACCUCCGCAAUGACCUGCUGGUGGCUGCUGACUCCAUCACCAACACCAUGUCAUCCCUGGUGAAGGAGCUCCACUCAGCAGAGGAAGGUGCAGAGGAAGAAGAAGAGAAGAUGCAGAAUGGGAAAGACAGAGGUUAGCGGAGGAGCUGGGACAGAGAGGACGCACGGCACAGGGGACGUGGAGCGAGCUGGCAUCAACCUGAGGAAGGCGAGGCCCUCCCCCAGAGGGGCAUUCCUGUCCAUCUUUCCACGGCACACCUGGACCAGGCUUGCAGGAUGCCAGAUGUCACACCCGCCAGGGGGAGGGGAGCCCAGCGCCAGUGGGAAGUGGGAGGGGACACCAGAUGCCCUGCCGGUGGGCGGCCCUCGCACGGUCCUGCAUGAACUUGCAUCUUCCCUGCUCCCCUCGGGCAGGGUCUCACCUCUGCCCCGGAGUCUAUUGGGAGAUUGAAAAGAGCAAAGAAACAGCACAAGCCUUCCGUGUGUGUGACCUGAUGGC